GAUGACAGCACUGUUGAUGUUUUUUUGUAUAAAAGAUGAAAAAUGUAUCUGAGUUCAAGAAAAUUAAUGAGUGUGUUUCAAGCCAAAAGGUCCCACGUUUAUGCAUGUGUGAGGCUUGGUUUCAGAACUCCCAUUAAUUACUCUUGAGUUUUUCAACUUCUCCGCCUUUCUUUUCACUAAUUAUUAUGUCAUGGGGCAUCCAGGAAUUGAUUAUAGAAUUGAAAUUUUAGGACCAUUUUCAGUGGCUUAGUUGCUUUUUUCCCUUUAAAGGGCACGAGUGGUUCUGGCCAUUUGUGUUCAUUUUAAGUUUCAGUUAAAAGAUUCUUCUUGGUGAGGUCGAAGGUUAGAGUUGGAGUGAAGCAGCCUGAAAUCGUUUACCUUAUUUGGGAAUUAGGUGGUUUUGGGCUGAGAUUGGUUGUUUCAGUGCUUUCUUUGAAGUGGGCAUGCCUUUUUUGGAGUGGUUUUAGGGUUUCGUUUCAUGGGAUCAGUGCUAUGUUUUGUUAAAGAUAUUAAAUUUUAAAGCUACUGGAAGAUUCUGGGGAAGUUUUUGGUGCAGAUUGGUCAGGGAUUUAAGAGGCCGUUUUGGGGCAUCUUCCAGCCCAGUUGUUGACAUUUUCCAGCUUGCAUUGUGAAACAAAAAUUAUGGCUUGUAUGAAACUGGGAUCUAAAACUGAUGCCUUUCAACGGCAAGGACAGGCCUGGUUCUGCACAACUGGUCUUCCGAGUGAUGUUGUUGUUGAAGUUGAAGAGAUGUCCUUUCAUCUCCACAAGUUCCCUUUGCUUUCCAGAAGUGGGGUUUUGGAAAGAUUGAUUGCAAAAUCAUCUGAAGAAUCUGAAGAAAAAUGUGUCAUAAGUCUCCCUGACAUCCCUGGGGGAUCCAAAACAUUCGAACUUGUGGCGAAGUUCUGCUAUGGCGUUAAACUGGAACUGACUGCCUCAAAUGUUGUAUGCCUCCGGUGUGCAGCUGAGGUUCUUGAAAUGACAGAAGAAUAUGGGGAGGGUAACCUUAUUACGCAGACUGAAACCUUUCUCAAUCAAGUUGUCCUUCAGAAUUGGAAAGAUUCUCUAAAAGCGCUGCUAACCUGUGAUGAUAUUCUUCCAUAUGCGGAAAAACUUAAUAUUGUAAAGAGGUGUAUUGAGACUCUAGCUAUGAAGGCAUCCACUGAUCCAAAUUUAUUCGGUUGGCCUGUAGUGGAAUACAGGGGCCCCAUGCAGAGUCCUGGUGGGAGUGUCUUGUGGAAUGGGAUAAGUACAGGGGCUAGACCAAAAAAUUCAACUUCAGAUUGGUGGUAUGAGGAUGUAUCUUCGUUAAGUUUGCCUCUCUAUAAGCAGUUGAUUGCAGUAAUGGAAUCUCGUGGUAUUAGACAGGAAAUUAUUGCUGAAUCCCUUACUUUUUAUGCCAAAAAAUAUUUGCCUGGCCUGAACAGGCGGCAAGGUAAUAGUGAGUCUAGCACCCGCCUAGCACCUGUGGCUUUGGUGACCCCUUCAUCAGAAGAGGACCAAAAAGUCUUACUGGAAGAAAUUGAUCGGUUACUUCCAGUGCAGAAGGGCCUAGUCCCAACUAAGUUUCUAUUUGGUCUACUUCGAACAGCAAUGAUACUUCGAACAAGCUCCUCAUGCAUAUCCAAUUUAGAAAAGCGAAUUGGGAUGCAGCUUGAUCAAGCUACUCUUGAAGAUCUCUUGAUGCCCAAUUUCUCUUAUUCCAUGGAGACGCUUUACAAUGUUGAAUGUGUGCAGCGGAUUCUGGAACACUUCCUUGCUAUGGAUCAGAUCACAGGUGGUGCCUCUCCAUGUUCAGUCGAUGAGGGCCAGUUGAUGGGAUCACCUUCAUUGACACCAAUUACGAUGGUGGCCAAGUUGGUUGACGGGUACCUUGCAGAGAUUGCGCCUGAUGUUAAUUUGAAGCUCCCCAAGUUUCAGGCUCUUGCUGCUGCUGUUCCUGAAUAUGCGAGGCCCUUGGACGAUGGUCUUUACCGGGCUAUAGAUAUAUAUCUUAAGUCACAUUCAUGGAUGGCAGAGUCCGAUAGAGAACAACUGUGCAGGUUGAUGGACUGCCAAAAACUAUCCUUGGAAGCUUGCACCCAUGCUGCCCAAAAUGAAAGGCUUCCCUUGAGGAUAAUUGUCCAAGUCUUGUUCUUUGAGCAACUUCAGCUCAGGACAUCCAUUGCCGGCUGCUUUCUUGUUUCCGAUAAUCUUGAUGGAUCAAGACCAUUGAGAAGUGGGUUUGCUGGCUCACAAGAGGGAGGCUGGGCAUCAGCCGUGAGGGAGAACCAGGUUCUAAAGGUGGGAAUGGAUAAUAUGAGGAUGCGGGUUCACGAGCUUGAAAAGGAAUGUUCAAGCAUGAAGCAAGAGAUAGAGAAGUUUGGUCAGACAAAGGGUUCUAGUACGUGGAGUAACGUUUCAAAGAAAUUCAGGUUCAAAAUAAAGUCACAGAUGUGUAGUGCGCAAGAGGGCUCUGUUAGCCAGCUGAGCAACGGAAGCGAGAAGCUUGAGAAGGUGAAGGAGAGGCAUGUAAAACACAAGAAAAACUUGUCACCAGAUAACUAAGACAACCUCAUCUCCAUUUAUUAUUUUUUCUUGACUUUUCAGAGUUUUUGUUGUUCUAAGUUCCACUCUAAUAUUCAUUCACAAGAGGCAAAGUUUCCAUCUCCUUGUAAUUGUGUGCCAUGGUUAUUCUCUUAUUCUCAUCAUCAUCUCAAAUUUGUAAUGGAGAAACAGGCAUCAUGGUGUAAUUUGUUUCAUGCAACAUCACUCUGAUCCUUCUCUA